AUGGCAUCCACGGCGAAGGUCACCAUCACCCUCGGCCGCAGCGGCCAGGUUGUCAAAAGGCGAACUAUUUCUGAUAUGGGUAACGAUGAUGAAGUGCCAGUAUCAGGAAGAAAGCGACCUGUCCGAGAGAGGUUAGGAAAUAAUGUGGCUGAUUCUGAUUUGUAUGGAAGUCAGCAGAGUAAUAAAAGACGGCAAACAGAAAGCAGUAGCUCGCAGCUUGGAGAUGAUGGUUUGGCUCGCCAGAUUGGCAGGGAUGAUUUAAGGCUGAAGCUUAUGAGGAAAGGCUUGACACAGAAGAGCAACAGUGAGGCAGAACAGAAUGGAGUGGAUCUCCGUGAAAAGCUUUCCAGGAAGUCAAAGAAACUCCAGGGAUACGAGGCAAGAAGGGGUGAUCCAGAAUCAAGGUCUAGUUAUGAUGAGGGGGAAAUCCCAGAAUCAGGAUCUGGAUAUGGUUUGAGGGGGAGAGUCCCAGAGUCAAGAGCCUCUACUCUUGUAAGCCAAGUGCCUUCGUCAAGGAGUGCAGAUGGGUUGUUCAAGUUGGAGUCUUCAGGAAAACCUUAUCCCUCGUGGACCGCUGAUUGUUUGAGGUAUACGUCCCCAGACAAGCUUCCAAGUGUUCGAAGAGACAUGACUCCCCCAAGAAGUGUUCGAAGAGGCAUGUCUCCCCCGAGGGCCGUUCGGAGAGGCAUGUCUCCCCCGAUAAGUUCUCGAAGAGGCAUGUCUCCCCCAAGAAGUGCCCGAAGAGGCAUGUCUCCUCCAAGAAGUGUUCGAAGAGGCAUGUCUCCUCCAAGAAGUGUUCAAAGAGGCAUGUCUCCUCCAAGAAGUGUUCGAAGAGGCAUGUCUCCCCCAAGAACAUAUGAUCAUACAGGGUCCAUUCCAUCCCUUCGAUCUGUCGGUACCACAAGACCUUCUAGUCAUAUCACAAGAGAUGCUGCUGACACGUUAAGAACCCAUCAACCUUACGAAGACAGCUCUACCAUUGGGAUCGAUAGAGGACAACAAACUAAUGGAAUCACACAAUCUGGACGCCGGCCUACAUCCCCUGUGCUGAAAGAAGUACCGUCGACAGUUACUGGAUUACUGAAUUCAAUGGGACUUGAGAAGUAUGUUGUUCUCUUUCAGGCUGAGGAGGUGGAUAUGGCCGCAUUGAGUCAGAUGAAAGACAGCGACCUCAAAGAUAUGGGAGUACCAAUGGGCCCCAGGAAGAAGAUACUCCUUGCGGCGGCACCUUACGGAAAACAACGGCAAAGAUGA